AUGAUGAGCGUGGGGGAGAGGAGUGGCGACGGCAAGAGCAGGUUACAGAGGAAAAAGGGAGAGGAGGUAGCGGCGCUUGAGCGUGUUGAUCUGAGCGGCGACGGUGAAAGUCAACAGGAGGAUGUCGAGGAGCUAGAUAACAAGAAGGACUAUGACAUCGAGUACGACAAGAUACUCGGCGUCGCUCCCGUUUCCUCCUCUGCCGACUCGCCAGACGACAUCGAGAUAGUCGUCGUCGAGAGCUUCGUGUCCACGCAAGGGUGGGAGUCUGAGACCGUCGUUGACUACCGUAUCAACGAGGAGGAGUUCCACAAGAUCCGCCUCUUUCACUGUGACUUCUUUAUUCGGAACCCGCCCGACCCCGAUGACAAUGUCUACGACUUCCGAGAGAUGUAUGUUACUCCUCCUGACACGGAUGUCUACUCAAUUCUGAAGGUUUUCGCUACCAUGCCUCAAAAGUACAUUCGGUGUGCAAAAUCAAACUUUGGAAGCUACAAUGUCACGGAGCCACCCAUAGACGCUCCUAGAGAUCCACUGUACAAAACUGAGAGGGAAAUUAUGAAGGGGAGUGAUAAAGUCCCUUUUAUACAAUCUCGUUGGUUAAAACUUACAGGAGAUGAACAUGAACGAGUAAUACAGCCUACCAGCGCAGAGUAUGACCCUUCUAGAGGCUCAGAGGUCAAACCUGAAUUACUAACCAUUGGCAUCAUGACUCCGCGAUACUCAAAGAUUGAGUUCCCCACCUAUUCUGGAGAAGGGGAUCCGCUGAGCUGGGUUAAAAGGUGUGAAAAUUUUUUUACCAACCAAAGGACCACAGAGGCUGACAAGGUUGGCCUUGCUGCCUUCCACUUGGUAGGGGAAGCCCAACUUUGGUUUGAUCAGAUAGAGCAAGAAUAG